AUGAUCAUUGACUUAGAAAAGAGAUAUUACUAUUAUAACAAUAACCAUCGUAGUAGAUACUGGUUAAUAUGGUUGGCGGCAAUUCCAAUCAUCCUUAUCAUUGUGUUCCUUAUCUUCUCCAGAAGAAGAAAGAGAAGAGUUGUUACAGGUAAUCAACAAUAUUAUGGAGGUAACAAGCCAAGUUUCUUCUCCUUUGGUAACAAUAAUAACUUACCACCUCAACAAACACCUCAACAGUUCCAAACUCAACAGAAUUAUGACCAAGGGUAUAACUAUAACCAGGGUCAAGGUUAUAGUCAAGGAAGUCAGGGGUAUAAUCAAGGUCAAGGGUAUAAUAAUGAUUCUUACGGAGCUCCACCUCCAGAAUAUCCUGACCAGGGUAACUAUGGACCUUCAGGAUCUAAUGCUUAUAGUCCACCAUCAGGGCCACCACCAGCUCAUGUUAAAUGA